AUGGAAAAACCAAACACAACUGAUUUAUUUUAUUACAUUAAACCACGAGAAAAAGAGACGUCACAAAACUCUACGGGAUGUCACAAUCUACUUUCACAAGGCACUUCUCGGAGUCCGAGUGGAACAAAUGGUCUAAAGCUUAACAACCAUGAUUUGUCAAGUAUUUACGAUCGAUUUGUUCGACCAUACAAAGAAAAAGGAGUCGAAAGGGAUCCCACAUAUUUACCGUACAUUAAUAUGCUUCCUGGGAAGAUGAAUAUAGUGCCAGAUAAAAUGAAAGUGCCAGAUAAAAGCCUGAAAAAAUUAAUAAAUAAACCCCGAAAAUACAAUGAAAAAUAUCCGCCUGAUAAACCUCUCUUCGAUCACAAAGCCAUCGAACGUAAUAUGUUGAAUUUAUUUAAACCAGGGUUUAUUCCGGGGUUUGAUCCAGCAGAAUUUGGAUUAGACGAAGAGAAAAAAAUACAUUCGACAUCUUCACAAAUCACAUCUCACAAUAAUAAUCGCUCUACGAUAAAUAGCUCGGCUCAAGGGAACCUGUUAGAAAUGGGUGGAGAUGAGAAAUCACAUGAGAAGAAAAAAAAGAAGAAACAUAAGUAUGAUGACUACGAUGGAGAAAAAAGAAAAAAGCAUAAACACGAUAAAGAACACCGAAAAAAUUCUACGGACAAAAAGAAACGGAAAAAGGAAAAAGAGAAAGAGAAAGAGAGGGUAUGUUGA